CGCCCCACCCCCUUUCGCAGGAACUGUUUCCUGCUGACGUCCUGUGUGCUGUUUAAUUUUAAUGGAUAUGUUUUCCCAAACAGAAGAACUUCUGCAGCCUGUCUUAAUUAUCCGCUAAUGAAACAAUGAGGAGGUGCGCACGAUGCGCUCCGCUUUGUUAUUACGUCGCAUUUGCUCGCGAGCUGCGUCGCUGAUUCAUUUCUAACGUCUCGUUCAUUUCUAACUAACGUUAUACAAACCUAACGUUACACCUUCCUUUGCCAACUACAGUCGCCCCACACGAUGACAGGGUGGUAAUCUUUCGGGUUUUAGAGUUGUGUUUUUCUCUGCGAGAUGGCUGGGGGCAUUACAGAAACAGGGGAGCCUUACUCACCAUUUGUUGGCCUGGUGUACAUGUUCAAUCUAAUUGUUGGCACUGGUGCCUUGACCAUGCCCAAGGCCUUUGCAGCAGCUGGUUGGGUUGUCAGCGUCUCCCUCAUCUCAUUUUUGGCUUUUAUGAGUUUCAUGACCACCACAUUUGUGAUUGAAGCCAUGGCCGCUGCCAAUGCCCAUCUGCGCUGGAAGAGGAGAGAACAGGAAGAGGUUAAUGACAGCGACUCCAGCUCUGACUAUUCAGAUGAUGACGUUGUUAUACGGGGACGUUCAGAACCCGUCGAGACGCGGCCCAUUCUCUCUGUCCAGCGUGCUGCGAAUAUAGACCACUUUGACAUUGUCGAGAGAGUCGAAAUGGGACAAAUGGCCUCCAUGUUUUUUAAUAAAGUUGGUGUCAACAUGUUCUACAUCUGCAUCAUCGUGUACCUGUACGGAGACCUGGCCAUUUAUGCCGCUGCUGUACCUGUAUCACUGAUGGAAGUUGCAUGUGGGAAUCACUCGUGCAGUGCUGGGAGUGUGAAAUACAAUGACACAGAGUCGUGCUGGGGCCCCGUAAGACGCAAGGAUGCCUACAGAGUGUUUCUGGCAAUCUUCACACUGUUGUUGGGGCCCUUCACCUUUUUCAGUGCGCAGAAGACCAAAUACCUCCAGAUCCUUACCUCUCUAAUGAGAUGGAUUGCGUUCACCAUGAUGAUCAUCCUGGCUUUGAUUCGUAUUGGCAAGGGGCACAGUGAGGGCCACCCAUCUGUGGCUCAGAUCUCAGGUGUGCCCAACCUCUUCGGGGUCUGUGUCUACUCGUUCAUGUGCCAGCACUCGCUGCCCUCGCUCGUGACGCCCAUCUCCAACAAGCAGCUCAUGAGCGCCCUGGUCAUGGCCGACUACAUCCUCAUCCUGUGCUUCUACAGCCUGCUGUCCCUCACGGCCAUAUUCUGCUUCGAUAGUUCUCUGCUGCGGGAUAUGUACAGUUUAAACUUCACGGAUAACUGUGACGUCCUGAGCAUUCCAGUGUUGCGCUACUUCCUGGGCCUCUUUCCCGUCUUCACCAUCAGCACCAACUUUCCCAUAAUAGCCGUCACGCUACGCAACAACUGGAAGACUCUCUUCCAUCGGGACGGCGGCACGUACCCUUGGGUGGUGGACCGUAUCGUCUUCCCGCUCAUUACUCUAGUGCCGCCCAUUAUUGUGGCCUUCUGCACUCACGAUCUAGAGGCGCUUGUGGGGAUCACAGGGGCGUAUGCCGGAACUGGCAUUCAGUAUAUCAUCCCGGCCUUCCUAGUAUAUUUUAGUAGGCGUCAUCUAGAGCCCGUGUUGGGAAGGGAUGCUGUAAAUAAGCACCGGUCGCCUUUCCAUCACACGUUCUGGGUUUGGUUUGUGAUAUUGUGGGCAACGUUCUGUCUAAUGUUUGUGACGGCUAAUAUUGUCCUUACCAAAGUCAAGAACUGAGCAUACAAGCAGAUUUGGUUUGCCAAGCCGUGUUUUUGUUUUAAUUUUUGAAGGGUGUUUGUUAGGUUUUAUGUUAAAAGAAUGGCAUUAGCUGAAGUUGAAUUCAGUCUAAUUUAAUUCAGUGUCUAAAAGGGACAAGAAGAAGUUUUGGCAUUACUUCAGUAGGACUAAUGUGAGACUUUUCUUUCACAAAUCUACAAUCCUAUUGUGAACAUUCUGUUAGGCAGGAUACAACAAAAGCAUUUAAAAUCCAUAUAUGUGACCCAUGCUGGCAAAAUGAGUCACAAUGAGCAACUU